AUGAGUGAAUUGAAAUCAUACGAUAUAUAUAAGGAGGAUUUUUUUGAGGCUAUAGUGGUAGGAGGUGGUACUUGUUCUUUGGCAGUUUCUGCUAGAUUGUGUGAGGAUUAUCCUGGAUCAAUUUACACAGAAGACGAGCACCAAAGAUUCCGCUGGUUGAAACAGAGAGGUAAUAAGGUUAACUUAAUCAACCAUAACAUGUCUUCAAAGACAAAAUUCAAGCCAGCACGUAAGAGCAAUGCAUAUUUGCUGCCCAAAAAGUUUCUUCCUCUGGAGAUUCUUGUGCUUGAUAGUGUAUCUGAUAAAUUUCUAGGUCAAUGGGACAAACAAUUUGCUAGUUGCCAGAUACCUUACUUAAGAUCACCAAUGUUUUUCCACCCAGAUCCAGUAAAUAUUGACGGUCUAGUUACUUAUUCUCAUUUUGCUAAAAGAGAUGGUACGAAAGAUUUAAUGAAAAUUGAAAACGUAGUGGGUAGAGAAUACUCUAAGCAUCAACUUAAAAAGCUCUUAAAGAAAAACUCAAAGAAAAAAAGUUUAAAAGAUCCAGUACCAAUUCAAGAACUUAAUCAAUCUUCAGACAAGCCUGGUUUAAUUGAUAUCAACAUGAGAGAUUGGAAAGACUAUUACAGACCUUCCACUCCUCUUUUCAAAGAUUUUUGUGAGGAUAUAAUAAAGAGAUAUCAACUUAACGACGUCGUUAGGAAAGAUGAAGUUAAAUCGAUAGAAUAUUGCUUUAUCAAUAUCGUUGACGAGGAUGAGGCUGGAAUGGGUUUUAUUAUUAAAACUUCUUCAAAAGUGUUUGGGUGCAAAAUAUGCGUUCUCGCGAGUGGACAUGUAGGUGAAAUCAAUUACCCUUUACCUCCAUUUGAAGCUAAAUCACAAUUUCCUCAAGGUAGCUGUCACACUACACAUAUAUUCUCAGGAUCGGUGAAAUUUCCCCAUGAAAGGAUUAUGGAAAAAGUAUCUCAGCGUAAGAUGGCUUCUGUGGUAAUUGUUGGAGGUGGUCUCACGUCCGCUCAAUUAGCACAUGUUGCAAUAUGCUCUGGAGUUGAAAAAGUAUAUUUAGUACUUAGAGGACCACUAAAGAUAAAACAUUUUGAUUUCCAUCUCGAUUGGGUUACAAAAUAUAAAAAUGUCAAAAAGUCUGCUUUCUAUGUUAAAGAUACAGACGAAGAAAGAUAUGAUAUGAUUCAAGAAGCUAGGGAAGGUGGCUCAAUAAAUCCUGAAUAUUACAAGAAACUUAAAGUUCAUAUGAAAAGCGGAAAGCUAGAAUUGUUCAAGCAUAGCUCUAUUGAAAAUAAAGAAUGGAAUGUGAAUUCUGAAAUGUGGGAUCUUUCCAUCAAAACCAAAUCAGAAACAAAGAAUGCAGCAGAUGAAUCAGAACUAAGCAGUGUAACGAAUCUUUCAAAUGUUGAUUAUAUUUAUUAUGCAACAGGAAUAUCUCCAAAUAUAAAAUCGUUACCAUGCCUCCAACCAAUUAUAAAUAAGUAUGAUAUCCCAACAAUUAAAGGACUUCCUUGCCUUACAGAUAACCUACAAUGGAAUGAUGAAAUCCCACUAUUUGUGAUUGGGAAAAAUGCAUCCCUAAGAAUGGGUCCCUCUUCUGCCAACUUAGACGGUGCAAGAUUGGGAGCAGAAAGAAUUGGUUGGUACAUACAAGAACUUAAGUCACAAGGUAAAUUUGAUUGGAACAGCAAAGAAUGUAAAUUUUGCUCAUGUUCAGAAUCAGUAGGUUGCUCGGAUGAUAAUUUGGAUGAUAAACUUGAUACUGUAUCUACUAAUUCUGAUAGAGAAUCUGAAAACGAGUUAACGUCGUUUGAAACGCAACUCAAAUUAGCAUGUGGAGAAUUAAGUUGGUUUUCUUUAUUACAGGAAGUUUGA